AAGGAGCUUUGGGGCAGCCUGCUAUAAAAACGCCUCUCCCCAGAGUAGAUGGGCCAGAGGAGUAAAGCUAGUCAUUCAGAUUGGAACCUAUCAGAUCCUCACUUGUUCUUGACGGAGUAUUUCAACAGAUCGUUUCGUGUUGCGUUAUAAUACAGACGGGACCAUGAUGAUCCCAAGCGUCCUUGCGCCUAAUGCGAUGUACCCAGGCCUUUACCGCCCCUCCGCCUCCUUGCCGCUCCAACGGUCUCUGCAGAACGCGUUUCCAACCCACUCCAGCUUUCUUGUGGAGGACCUGCUGCGGAUAAGCAGGCCGGCGGAGUACCACUUCAGCCGGACGCUCCCUUCAGCAAGCGUCUCCCCGGCGACAACCACCACGACCAUGUCCUUCAGUGCCAUGCCACAGGAGCGCAUCGUCUCUCCAACUGCCUCGACGCGUGAAUCACGCUCUCCGAAAACGUCACAACCGAGUAGUAAAGACCCAACUUAUCUUAAAUUUGGAGUCAGCGCAAUCCUUGCACCAUCACCAAAGACCGCAUCGUUGCCCCCCGCCAUCCACCACAGUAUGCACCCCAAGGCCUUCUCUCUCCCCUACUUCGACGGAUCCUUUCACCCCGCCUUCUUCAGGUCUACAUAUUUCCCAGCGUCUUCAUCGGUCGUGCCCAUCCCCGGGACCUUCUCUUGGCCACUGGCCAACAGAGGAAAGCCGAGGAGAGGGAUGCUCAGACGGGCAGUGUUCUCUGACGUGCAGCGCAAAGCUCUGGAGAAGAUGUUCCAGAAACAGAAAUACAUCAGCAAACCAGACAGAAAGAAGCUGGCCUCAAAGCUCGGUCUCAAAGACUCACAGGUUAAAAUCUGGUUCCAGAACCGCAGAAUGAAGUGGAGGAACUCUAAAGAGAGGGAGCUCCUGUCUUCAGGAGGUUGUCGCGAGCAGACCCUGCCCACCAAAACGAACCCACACCCAGACCUCAGCGACGUGGGCAAGAAGUCCUCCGCGGAGGAGGACGAGAUGGAAGAGGACCCAUUCGGCGUUAGAGGCGUGCCUGGCCUUUGCCAUUCCCCCGCAGCGGGGCACGAGCUGUCCAACAGCGGCGGAUCGAACCUCUCGUCGCCAUCUCUCUGCAGCAAACACUCGGAAUUCUCAGAAUCGGAUGAAGAAGAGAUCACAGUUUCUUAAUUGAUUUAUAAAAACUCAAAGAUAUGUUUAUAAAAUGGUUAUCCACAGGUUAACUGUACCUAUGUGACCAUGUUUGCAAGAGGCUGUAUCCCUUAAUUUAGACUCAACUACUAAAAAGAAAUGUAUUUAUUUCAUAUUCCACAAUAUUUUCAAACAAUGAACUUCUGUCAAAUCAAUUUAGGCUACAUCUGUGAUUAUUUAUUUUAAAAAUAACUGCAGGGUUUAUUUUAUAGAAAGGGCCGGCUCUAGCCUUUUGGGGGGCCAAAGGGAGAUUUUGUUGAGGGACCCCCACCAAGAGGGAUUUUUUUUUUUGUGGCCCCCCCUCUUGACAGCAGCGUUUUAAAGUACAUUUCCUUCAAUUCUACACAUUUUGACAUGUGGCGAAUGGGAAAUGUUGCAGUUAUAAAGAAAGUUUUCAGCAGGUCUACACACUUUGCCAUGGGGUGGACAGAAAAUGUGGCAAUUUUAUAACACGUUUCAUGCAAUUCUACUCAUUUUGCGAUGGAGUUGUAAGACAUUUUUGCAGUUUUAAAGCAAUUUUUCUGCAGUUCUACCAAUUUUGCCAUGGUGUGGAGAGAAAAUGUUGACAUUUUAUAAUAAUGUCAUUAAAUUCUACUCAUUUUGCCAUGACUUGUCAUGUUAAUGAUAGCUGAGUGAGAGUGAUUAAUGGGGCCCUGGCCCCGGUCGGAAUUCGGCCAUGAUUUUCUACAAGUUUAGAUGACUGGCUAGACUAACUUACCAACCUAAAAAUUGUUUGCAGGAAUGGCUAAUUGAGUGACUGUCAGUGACUGACAAAACAAGAGAAAAGCUGCUGAUGCACAACCAAAUUUCAAACUUGCACCUUGUGUAUUCUACUAUUCUAACUCUCAACAGUAAGUUGAGAACCUGACUGAGUUCAAAAAAUAUAUAUAUAGUGGGUCCUAAGCGACCGCUUAUAUCGCUUAUGCCUGGAGCCGUCCCUGUUUAUAGAUUAUACUUAGAAAUGAUUUGCUGUUUUGCACAGCUCUUUCAAUUGUACAGUAUUUUGUACAACUAUUUGUAAGGAUAUUUUAUGCCAAGAAAAUGGAGUUACCUGGACUACUUACAGUUUUUAUUGAAAAGUGUAGACAUUUCGUGCAUAAUUUAUACGGAUUUGUUAAUUAAAUGUAUUGUGUGUGUGUGUGUGUGUGUGUAUAUAUGUGUUAAUAUUUCACUACGUUUGUUAUUUCAAUGUAUUGUGUGUAUAUGUGUUAAUAUUUCAAUAUGUUUUGUACAAAUACCAAAUAAAAUGUAACAGUUACAUG